AUGUCACCUGCAGAAGAAGAGAGGAGCUUACCUCUUCCAGAGAGAUGGCCCCGAGCCAGCAAAUUCGCUCUGUCAGCCUGUGCAGCGGCUGUGGCAGAACUAGUGACAUUUCCCCUGGAUCUCACGAAAACCCGGCUGCAGAUCCAAGGUGAAGCUGUGGCCGGGCCGGCGGUCCCGUACCGCGGGAUGCUGCGCACGGCGGCUGGAAUCGCGCAAGAGGAGGGGGUAUGGAAGCUCUGGCAAGGAGCCACACCGGCCGUCUACCGCCACAUAGUAUACACUGGUGUUCGGAUGGUUACUUACGAACAUCUCCGUGACUCCAUGCUUGGCAGGGCAGAGGGUGAAAGCUUUCCUCUCUGGAAAGCUGUGGUUGGAGGCGUAUCUGCGGGUGCCAUUGGACAGUUUUUUGCCAGCCCAACUGAUCUGGUGAAGGUGCAGAUGCAGAUGGAGGGGAAAAGGAAGUUGGAAGGAAAGCCGCUACGGUUUCGGGGCGUGCACCACGCAUUUCUGAAGAUCCUGUCUGAAGGAGGAGUAAGGGGACUUUGGGCUGGAUGGGUACCAAAUGUCCAGAGAGCUGCUCUGGUGAAUAUGGGAGAUCUGACCACUUAUGACACAGUGAAACACUUCUUGCUUCUGAACACGACGCUUGUGGACAAUAGUGUGACUCACAGUGUCAGCAGUGCCUGCUCUGGGCUGGCAGCAGCUGUUCUGGGAACUCCUGCUGACGUGGUCAAAACCCGGAUAAUGAACCAGCCAAGAGAUAAGCAGGGAAGAGGUCUGCUCUAUAAAUCUUCCAUGGACUGCUUGAUUCAAACUGUCCAGGGUGAAGGGUUUAUGUCUCUGUACAAAGGCUUUAUACCAACCUGGAUGCGAAUGGCACCCUGGUCACUGGUAUUCUGGCUUACAUAUGAACAAAUCAGAAGGCUGUGUGGAGUUACUUCUUUUUAA